CACGAUGUUGCGCUGAUUAUACCGUGUUAGUUUGUUCUCGUUUGCCCGAUGGGGAAGGUUGUGUGCAACGGUGCAUUCGGAGCAACAGGUUGUUGUUGCAUCGAGCGAGAAAUUGACGGGCCGCAGCCGACGAUGCAGCAGCGGGAAGUUUCGGUCUGAGGGGGAUGAUGCGUCGCUCGGUGAAUAAGGCGCGGCAAUAAUAGAUCGUGAAGAUCGAUAACGAAAGACCCCGCUACGAAAAUAUUAUUUUUCUCUCUGCAAACACCACUGCGGCCAGCGAUCGAGCGAGCAAGCGAGGAGGCAACCGUAGAGCUGCGGGGCAGCUUUUCCAGUCGGACGUCAGCCCGUGGCAAGAUUGGAAAAGAUCGAAGAGUAUCUAGGGUACUUUCGACGGUCUCUAACAUGGCCUAAGAGACUCGUCUGUCUGUCUGUCUGUCUGUCUGUCGUAGACGAAGAAGGCGCAGGUGCACGUUGCGACCAGUGAAAGUAUCCCGGAGUGCAGUUACGAUCUAGCAUCUGUCAAUGCCCUCUUGCAUAGCCAGAGAGCCAAGCCAGUCUUGCAGUAGCGGUGCCGUUUCGCCGAGGAACCGGGAUUUGAAGGCGGCAACGGUUGCUCGAAAGUGUCGGCGAUCCGAUCGCGAAUCGCACGCUCGUGCCCGGCUGAAUCUGCCUGAACGACGACGACGGUGCGUGUGUCGGCGGUGGUGUGAUCGGCGCGGGCAGCUGAGAUCGCGUUUGAAAACAAAAAAUAAAGGGUGAACCCUCCGUCGUAAUCGUUAGUUAUCGUCAUCCCCGAAGAAGGAACCGAGAGUGUGGGCCAACGAUGACCGCGCCGACGACGAUGUUCUUCCUUCUGCUUCUGUUGGUGGCGAGCGGCUCGAGCACGCUCUCCGUCGACUCGAAUCCCGAAUACGUGAAACAGUGUUCGAGGAGCGACCCGAAGCUGAAAGCGUGUCUGAUCGAUGCCCUCCAUCACCUGAGACCGUACCUGAGCGUCGGGAUUCCGGAAAUCGAGCUGCCUUCCGUCGAACCCUUUCGCAUGGACGAGCUGACUCUGUCCCUGACAGGUGGUACAAACGGUUACAAGGUACAGCUACGCGAACUGUUCGUAAGGGGAGCGAGCAACUACACAGUCGAGGAUAUUAAACUCGGCUCACCCUUCGAAGCUAUUGUACGAAUGCCAGCCCUUAUCUUGGACGCGCAUUAUUCCAGCUCAGGGGUGCUGAUCAUUCUGCCAGCCAGUGGCAACGGGACGUUCCACGCUCGGUUCGACGACGUCAAAGCUCUAGUCAAGGGUACGGUGUCCACGAAGAUACGCGACGAGAAGACGUACCUGAACGUGGAGAACCUCGACGUCGUCCUGGACGUUAAGAACGUGCACAUGAGGGUCCGCAAGAUAUUCAAUAACAAUCGGAUACUGACGGAAGCGACGAAUCUGUUCCUUCGUGAGAACGGGCAGGAAGUGUUGAAAGCGAUGGAGCCGCAACUGAAGAGGAAGCUAUCCGUGCUUUUCGCCGGCAUCGUCAAUCAAUUGUUGCGUCACGUGCCGGUCGAAGUAUUCCUCCUGCCUUGAACAGCAACGUUGCCGCCGCGAACACCAAUACAUACAUAUUACGAUCGCGUUAGGUCGGUGGGAAAUAAAUGGCCGUUACAGCGUAU